UUCAGCAUGCGGAGGAGGAGGAGGAGGGCGCUGGGCAGGGACCACUUGGACCAGAGAGGACUGAGCUGGAAAACGCGAUUUCAUUUCAGCAGCGCAGAAACAAACGCAUUGAAGGCAGCGGAGCAGGGCGCCGUGCUGAAGCCUGCAGCCCCAUUGUCUCCUCCAAACAGAGCAGCUGAGGGAAAGAAAAAAAAAACAAAAAAAAAAAAAAAAAAAAGGGCUUUGACCAAAAAAUAUCAGCGGGGGUAGCAGCCCAUAAAGGAGUGUCCAAGUGGUAGGCAUUGCAGGGGUUUUUCUUUUUUUUUUUUGUGUGUGUGUGUGUGUGAAGCCACAGCAAAGAAAGAAAGAAAAGGAAAAAAAAAAAGCAGAAGGGGCCGUGGACAGAUCUGGCCAAUAACGGAAAAUGAAUCACAGUCAAGUUGUAAUAAUAUGAACAAGAGACGCGUUUUGUUGCAUUUGGUGAUCAACUAUUGAUGCGUCUGCGCCGAUCCGGGUUUUUGUGCCACACCAUCAGUUCACGCGGACUUCUUUUGUUCGCACCGCUUGAAUCCUAAAUUCUAGUCUGCAUAUUUAGUGUUGUGAAAAGAAAAAAGAAAGAAAAAGAGUUAGUUGCUCAUAAAGAGUAAAAAAAAACAACAAAGAAACAACAAGAUGAAUUUCCAGUCGGGCGUCCCAGGCUCCGGUAUCUCGCAGCAGUCUCAGCCGGCCAUGCCCACUCCAGGCACGGUCCCGGCGCCGGUCCCCGUCCCGGUGCCUCAGUCCAUCCCGUCCCAGUUUGGAUCCGGAUCGUCCGCCAGCUCAGGGGCUGGCCAGUUCGGCUCGGGGACUGUCUCGGGCCAGGCUGCCCAACCCGGCUCGGCGGGCUCGCAGUUUGUUUUGUCGAACUCGGCCGCCAUCCGGGCAGAGAUCCACCGGUUCGAGUCCGUCCACCCGAACAUUUACGCAAUCUACGACCUGAUCGAGCGCAUCGAUGACCUGGCCCUGCAGAACCAGAUCCGGGAGCAUGUGAUCUCCAUUGAAGACUCUUUCGUCAACAGCCAGGAAUGGACAUUGAGUCGGUCAGUGCCGGAGCUGAAAGUGGGCAUUGUGGGAAAUCUGUCCAGUGGGAAGUCCGCUCUGGUCCACCGGUACUUGACGGGCACAUAUGUGCAGGAGGAGUCACCUGAAGGUGGACGGUUUAAGAAAGAAAUAGUGGUGGAUGGACAGAGCUACCUACUCCUGAUCAGAGAUGAAGGAGGGCCUCCAGAAUUGCAGUUUGCUGCCUGGGUGGAUGCGGUGGUUUUCGUCUUCAGCCUGGAGGAUGAGAUCAGCUUCCAGACCGUCUACAAUUACUUCUUGCGCCUCUCCAGCUACAGGAACACAGCUGAGGUCCCCAUGGUCCUCGUUGGAACACAAGAUGCGAUCAGUGCUGCCAACCCCAGAGUGAUCGAUGACUCGCGGGCCAGAAAGCUGUCGAAUGACCUGAAGCGCUGCACGUAUUAUGAGACCUGCUCCACCUACGGCCUGAAUGUGGAGAGAGUCUUCCAGGACGUUGCCCAGAAGGUGGUGGCCAUGAGGAAAAAGCAGCAGCUCUCCAUCGGUCCGUGCAAAUCUCUCCCCAACUCUCCCAGCCACUCGUCAGUCCCCGCUGCAUCCAUCCCCUCUGUUCACAUCAACCAGGCGGCCAACGGUGGGGGUGCGUUCAGCGACUACUCCUCCUCCGUCCCCUCCACCCCCAGCAUCAGCCAGCGGGAGAUGCGCAUCGAGACCAUCGCUUCCUCCAACACGCCCACGCCCAUCCGCAAGCAGUCGAAGCGCCGCUCCAACAUUUUCACAUCACGGAAAGCCAGUGACCAAGCAAAGAGCGUUGACAGUAAAACAGACAGCAUAGGCAGUGGAAGGGCCAUACCUAUCAAACAGGGAAUCCUUCUGAAGCGAAGUGGCAAAUCCCUCAACAAGGAGUGGAAAAAGAAAUAUGUCACACUGUGUGAUAAUGGCGUCCUCACUUACCACCCCAGUUUACAUGACUACAUGCAGAAUGUGCACGGGAAAGAGAUAGACCUGCUGAGGACGACAGUCAAGGUUCCUGGGAAGCGACCACCCAGAGCGGUGGCCACCGUCGCCCCCACGGCUAGUCCCAAAACCAACGGGCUCACCAAGGACCGCAGCACCUUGCAGCUGGGCAUAGGAAACACAGGUGCUCCUCACUCCAACAGCAGCUCAUCCCUCCAGACGGGCGCGUCGUUGUUCAGCGGCAGUAAAGACGGCAUGCACCAACGCUCCUUCUCCGUGUCCAGCGCCGACCAGUGGAAUGAAGCCAUCAACACCAGUACAAGCAGCGGAGCCCCUAAUGGGAUGAGUGAUCCUGCGACUUCGUUUGUGGGCAGCGCCACGAGUCCUAAACUUGAGCCACCUCCUUCGCCGCACGCCAACCGCAAGAAACACAGACGGAAAAAGAGCACGGGCAUCACAAAGCCAGACGGCUUAUCUGCAGGCAACGAAGAGCAAGAGGAUUCCUUUGAGUUCAUCAUUGUGUCGCUGACGGGUCAGACGUGGAACUUCGAAGCGUCUACAUAUGAGGAGAGGGAACUGUGGGUCCAAGCCAUCGAGAGCCAGAUCUUUGCCAGCCUGCAGUCCUGUGAGAGCAUAAAGAACAAGUCUCGGUUAGGCAGCCAAAGCGAUGCGAUGGCCAUUCAGUCCAUACGAAACGUGAGGGGGAACAGCUUCUGUGUGGACUGUGAUGCACCCAACCCUGACUGGGCCAGUCUGAACCUGGGGGCCCUGAUGUGCAUCGAGUGCUCCGGCAUCCACAGAAACUUGGGCACCCACCUGUCUCGCGUGCGCUCCCUGGACCUGGACGACUGGCCGGUGGAGCUCAGCAUGGUGAUGACGGCCAUCGGCAACGCCAUGGCCAACAGCGUGUGGGAGGGCGCUUUGGAGGGCUACACCAAGCCGGGCAGCGACAGCACCAGGGAGGAGAAGGAGCGCUGGAUUCGAGCCAAGUACGAGCAGAAGCUGUUCCUGGUGGGGCUGCCCCAGUCGGACGUGCCCCUGGGGCAGCAGCUGCUUCGGGCGGUGGUGGAGGAUGACCUGAGGUUGGUGGUGCUGCUGCUGGCCCACGGCACCAAGGAGGAGGUUAACGAGACCUACGGGGACGGAGAUGGACGCACCGCUCUGCACCUCUCCUGCGCGAUGGCCAACGUGGUGAUCACACAGCUGCUCAUCUGGUACGGUGUGGACGUGAAGAGUCGUGACGCUCGCGGUCAGACCACGCUGUCUUACGCCCGGCGAGCCGGCAGCCAGGAGUGCGCCGACAUCUUGCUUCAGCACGGCUGCCCCAACGACACGAGCAGCCUGACGUCCGUGGCCACGCCCAACAUGAGCCGCCGCAACCCCAACAUCAACAACAACAACGCCCAGUGUGAGCUCAACCGCAGCAUCAGCAUCAUGUAGGAGCCGAUGAGCAGCCGCGGACAAAACACACGAAAAAAACCCAGAAACCCGCUCGUCUGUUCCCAGUAUUUCCUUCACUGUGUAACCCAGAACCAGAACCAGAACCAACGGGGAGACACCAGGAGUGAUGGACUCAUUGUUUAUAUUCCACUAUGCCGAGAGAAGUGGGCUUUCAGACAUUGUACAUUGUUUGUUUUAUAUUAUUAUUUUUUAUGCGUUAAAUUUGUUCAAUCUUGGUCUGAAACGAUCACGAUCAGCUUUAAGCUCUUUGUUUUUUUUGUUUUUUUUAAAGCGCCAACCAAACAAAUGACUUACUUUGGCAUUCGUACCUACUCUACGAAAAGCAUUUCCUUAAUGCUUGAACAUUUCCUUUUUAUGUCUUCCCCCUUCCGCGACGUGAACUGAUUUCAUAAUGAGCUUUGAAAAUGAGAAACUUCCUUCAAAUUUUCCAAGGCUAAGCAUAAUAACAUAAAAACUGUGAGGAAUAGUUGUACAAGUGACAAAACACUGAUGGUUAGGAAAGAAACUAAAUCUUCCAUGAUCUCAAUGGCUGCUGCAGCUUUUAGUAAUGAUGCAUGUCUCCAACACAGCUAUCAAACUCAUGACACACUAUUCAUACAAAAAGGCAAAGCAAUUAUAAUUGAAGAGUCCAAAUGAUUUAGAUACUUAAUUCACAAGAAAAUGGGUUCGGAUCAUCAUAAAGGAGUUGAUUGCAGAAUUCCUGUCGGGUGAAAGUGAGUCAUUUACUUCGCCUCCCUUGUCGUGAUUCUCCAGUAAAAGUGUCCGUGACUAUAAAGGAAUUAAGGGGCAUAAUGUUUUAUGACCAUCCAGCCACGUGGCUUUGUCAGCGUGCCUCUUCAAUCAGAAUUCAUUCAAAAUUCAAACGUUUGAUUGGACCAGUGAAACCAUUAACGGUGUCUUUGUUGGAGUAAUUUUCACCGAUUGACUAGAUUGUGUUGAUGAUUGUUUGACAUAGAUAGAUACUGGAAUAUCUGAUCACCCUACUGUGGCCAAAGGCUGUAGAAGCGGUACUCUCCAGAGCGUUUAUCCUUUGUUGCUGUGAAAUACACAUAUGGUACUGUGUGUGUGUGUGUGUGUGUGUGUGUGUGUGUGUGUGUGUGUGUGUGUGUGUGCAUUACUGUACAACACGUGUGUGCUUACGUCUUCGUCUGUGACCGAGUGCAGCAGAGAGCGACCGGCCAUUUCUGUUCAGAAACCUCGGAGAAAGGACACGGACGAGGAGACACCUGCAGCGCAAGAUGAACAUGAGUGUGUUUUAAUGUACAGACGUCUGUAAAAAAGUAGUUCUUGUUCAUUCACCUUGUUCCUUAUAAGAAACGGUCUCUGACUUUCCUUUAACUGAAACCUUUGUGUCAGCCUAAGAGUUAACAAAAAUGCAUUCAAGUGACUGAAGUGAGACAUUUAGGGAGAUUCACAGAGGGAAGUUAAAUUAGUUUGACUCUCUUUCCGUUAAUGCAAAUGUACAGUAUUCCAUUGACAUGAUAAGCAGAUUAAUUUAUAGUAACGGUAAGAUAUUCCAGUUGGUACAAUGUCUACCGUGUUUUUUCCCUUUUUUUUUUU